CGCCCGUCUAUGGUAGGACGCUCUGCCUGGACACCUCCCCCGCUCUCUAUGGUUACCUUCUGUCCGCUCUGUCCCCCGGGAAGCCUGAACUCUGUGGCUAACCAGGGUUUUCAUACCGCGCCCUAAUGGAAUUCCUGCGACGCCUGGUGCUGGGCAGCCUGAUGGUGGCUGGGACCACGGGGCUGGGGGUCGGGGCCUGGGCGCUGGCAACGCCGCGGGAGCCGCGCAGGCGGGAGAUAGCCAAGGAGCUGCCGGAGACAAACCCCCUGCGCUGGGCGGAGAGGCGACACCAGAAUGAGCUGGUAAUGGAAGCGAUUAAAGAGGCAGCUGAAACAAAUGAGAAUGUGGCCCGGAGGCCUUCACCAGCCUGGAGCAAGUGACACCUGACCAUCACCCUCCCAAAUGGGAGCCAAGGCAACUGGUACUGAGACCGCCCCUGAAGUGGGAGCAGGCUGCAUUCUCCAUCCCUGCAGCCAUCUGUGGUCUCCCACAGGCCAGAAUGGGAUGGACACUCCCUGGCUGUCAGCAGCUGUAAUGAUCAGUGACCAUUAUGCUGAGGGGGCCUCUGUCUCUUAUUCCCAGCCCCUGGUCAUACCCACAGGGUAUGGGUGUCAUGCAGAUCUGACAGAGCAAAAACUACAGCAGGAGGUAAAGAAGCAUUUUCAUGUCUUUAAUAAACUAACCUAGUAACCUUGUAAA